AUGAUGUCCCCAAAUCAAUUUCCCGAAACUCGGGGGAGUUCUCAUUCCGCCACUAUCAGGAGAACCCCCUUGCAGAUAAUACAUAUAAUUGGUAACUUCAUGAGAGUAUGGUCAAUCUACUCUAUGUACCGCUAUUUGACUCAGACGGGGGCUUCAGUUUUAUUGUUUAUCUUCAGCUGUCUUGUACCUUCAUCCAUUCUAUUUCUAGUUUUACAAAAGCCCUGGAAGGGCAGACCGCUUUCUAAUACUCAGGUAGUACCUUCUGUGAUAAAUGGUGGUAUAACAGCUCUGUAUUUCAUUUUGUGGGGAAAGGGGCUUCAAUCUUGUGGUCCUCUCAGACUCAUAUUGGCUGAAUAUUCUGGUGCUGUUCUUGGAGUAUUAUCUGGAGUACUGUAUGGGAGGAGAGGACAUAUUUGGAAAAAGGUUGGUGGCCUAUCUGCAAUGCUAGCAUCAUUCUACUUCUUAUCUCAAGGGUGGGCCAUGGCCACACAUUCACCGUUUUCAUUUAGUGAUGAUCCAGGUACAGAAGUGUACACAGAAGAAGGUUUGGGAAUUAGGAACAUAUUAUUUCCUGUAUUAGCUGGUGUCUUAUCAGCAUUAAGAAGGGUGAUCACACGACGUGUGUCACUUAAGAAUCAACUUAAAAGGAGACUUCAUGCCAUUACAAUUGCUUCUGCAACUUGUUUUCUGUUUCCCGUGGCAAUGUGGGACAUGAUCAUUGGAUCAACUGACGUAAAGUUGCCAUUUUCUGCAUGGACCUUUUCCAGCACUAUCCUCUUUGGAAUUAUUUUGAUAUUUUAUGUUGAAAGUAUUGCUGAAGAGAGAUUGCAUAUGGUUUUCUCUUCUCCGAGGCAUUUGAUGGUCGCUGCAGGAUGUAUCAUUGUCAUGGAGAUUGUGUACAAAAUGGAUUUUUCCCUGCUUGGUUUUCUAAUUUGUGCUGGAAUUUUGGGCUUUGGCAUAUACGAAGCGACAUCUUUGGACCAUAUUAGGAAAGAUUCUUUGCAAAAUUCAGAUCUAUCCGGUGCAGUUUUUGAGGACCAGAUUCAGACGUCUCCCCUCCCAACUUAA